GAAGUCGAAAUGUACAAUGGUUAUGGUUAGGUAAGGUUUAUGAUUAGGGUUAGGAUAGGGAUUAAGGUUAGGUUUAGGGUAGGGACGGCCAAAGGACAGCGCUAACGGUUUGGUGGGUGUGCCGGGGUGUGGCUUGAAGGAAUGAGUGACGUAUUCAAAGGCAGCUGCCAUGCUUAUAGCGUUCUCCCACUCCUCACGUAUUUUUCAACUGAUCGUUCAGAACAACACAGUUUACGUUUAAUUGAACGUUUCACACUGUUUUUUCUGUGGCCUACUGAACACGGUGCACAGAUCCACAAGGACAUGAUCGCCGCUGUUCUAAAAAAGACCCAUCGACGUCUUCUAUAGAACCUAGGCUUUCGGACGGACAUCACUAGGGCAGGAGCCAUGAUUCCUGUGACGGAGUUCCGACAGUUUUCGGAACAGCAGCCACAGUUCCGGGUUCUGAAGCCCUGGUGGGAUGUGUUCACAGACUACCUCUCUGUGGUCAUGCUAAUGAUCGGAGUGUUCGGAUGCACCCUACAGGUGAUGCAGGACAAAAUCAUCUGCCUUCCCCAGAGAAUGUCCAUGCCGAACCAAACAAUACUCUUACCAAAUAAAACCGAGCUGGUCUCACCCGCUGUGCCACAGGACGUGCACGAGAUGAUGGGCCUGAAAACCAACCUGGACCUCCAGCAGUACAGCUUCAUCAACCAGAUGUGCUACGAGAAGGCUCUGCACUGGUACGCCAAGUACUUCCCUUACCUGGUCCUCAUACACACCCUGAUCUUCAUGGUGUGUAGCAACUUCUGGUUCAAGUUCCCAGGCUCCAGCUCUAAAAUAGAACAUUUCAUCUCCAUCUUGGGAAAAUGCUUUGACUCCCCCUGGACUACCAGAGCUCUGUCUGAAGUGUCUGGAGAGAACCCAGAGGAGAAGGAUAAGAAGUGCAGUGCCAGCAGAGCGAUCCUCAACGUGUCUGUAGAGGGGAACCUUGACAACCUGGAGAAGACCCAGUCCCUCAAAUCCAUCCCAGAGAAGAUUGUCGUGGACAAGCCCACAGCUAGUGCCCUGGAAAAGAAGGAAGGAGAGCAAGCCAAAGCUCUGUUUGAGAAGGUGAAGAAGUUCCGCCUGCAUGUUGAGGAGGGUGACAUCCUCUAUAUUAUGUAUGUUCGCCAAACUGUUCUCAAAGUGAUGAAGUUCCUCCUCAUCAUCGCAUAUAACAGUGCGUUGGUCUCUGAGGUGCAGAUCACAGUGAAGUGCAAUGUGGACAUGCAGGACAUGACGGGAUAUAAGCAUUUCUCCUGUAAUCACACCAUGGCCCACCUGUUCUCCAAGCUGUCAUACUGUUACCUAUGCUUCGUGGCUGUGUAUGGAAUCACCUGCCUCUACACUUCCUACUGGCUCUUCUACCGCUCGCUGAAGGAGUACUCCUUCGAAUACGUACGGCAGGAAACGGGAAUCGAUGACAUCCCAGACGUGAAGAAUGACUUUGCCUUCAUGCUGCACAUGAUUGACCAGUAUGACCCACUAUACUCCAAGAGAUUCGCAGUGUUCCUAUCGGAGGUCAGUGAAAACAAACUAAAACAGCUGAACCUGAACCAUGAGUGGACGCCAGAGAAGCUGCGUCAGAGACUGAUGACCAACCACAACAACAGACUGGAGCUGCAGCUCUUCAUGCUGUCUGGGCUUCCAGACACCAUCUUUGAGGUGACAGAGCUCCAGUCCCUGAAGCUGGAGAUCAUCAACAACGUAACCAUCCCAGCCUCCAUCGCCCAGCUUGAAGACCUUCAGGAGCUUUCUCUGUAUCAGUGUUAUUUAAAGAUUCACACCACAGCCACCUCCUUCCUCAAGGAGAACCUCAAGGUGCUCAGGGUGAAGUUUGAUGACAGCAGAGAGCUGCCUCAUUGGCUGUACCACCUGCGGAAUCUAGAGGAGCUCUACCUCAUUGGCUCACUGAGUCCUGACGCUUCUAAAAAUGUGGUUCUGGAGUCCCUGAGGGAGCUGAAGAAUCUGAAGACCCUGUCACUCAAAAGUAACUUUACAAAGAUCCCCCAGUCCAUUGUGGACGUGUCCAGCCACCUGCAGAGGCUGUAUGUCUACAACGACGGCACUAAGCUGGUGAUGCUCAACAAUCUGAAGAAGAUGGUGAACCUGACUGAACUGGAGCUGGUGCACUGUGACCUGGAACGCAUCCCACAUGCUGUCUUCAGCCUCACGAACCUACAGGAGUUGGACCUGAAAGAAAACAACCUGCACUCCAUCGAGGAGAUAGUCAGCUGCCAGCACCUCCGCAAGCUGACGUGCCUGAAACUCUGGCACAACAGUAUCUGCUACAUCCCAGAACACAUCAAGAAGCUGGGCAGCCUGGAGCGCCUCUACUUCAGUCACAACAAGAUCGAGAUCUUGCCCUCGCACCUGUUCUUAUGCAACAAGCUUCGUUACCUGGACCUGUCCAACAACGACAUCCGGUUCAUUCCGCCGGAGAUCGGUGUCCUACAGAGUCUUCAGUACUUCUCUGUCACAUGCAACAAGAUUGAGAACCUCCCAGACGAGCUGUUCUUUUGCAAGAAGCUCACAACCCUCAAGCUGGCCAAGAAUACGCUGUCAUUGCUCUCACCAAAGAUCUCAUACCUGGUUCUAUUGACACACCUGGAACUGAAGGGCAACCAUUUUGAAAUCCUGCCUCCAGAGCUUGGGUUCUGCCGGGCAUUGAAGCGCAGUGGCCUAAUGGUGGAAGACGCUCUGUUUGAAACCUUGCCAUCGGAAAUCAGAGACAAAAUGAAGACCGAGUGAAAUGUCUUACAGUAUCUGUGCAAAAGGCCCUGCGAUAGACUAGCGUCCCGCCCAGGGGUAUACUUCAAGCUGCAUUAAACUAUAUAAAAAAGUGAUAGGACAGGAGCCAAUGGGUUAUUCUGGCUCGGACAAGCCAACUUACUUGACUAUUCAAAAAGAAAAAGCCUGUCUGGCAAUCCUAGUCAACCAAAAUGGUCGAUCUUACUGUAUUACACAUCACGAUCAAAAUCUAAGCACUGUACCCUAAGUUUGUUAUAGGGGGCAGAUGUGAUAAUCAUGGGUGAAUGUUUUUAGUAUUAUGUCGAAGUUUUACUUCAUGACAGAAGGGAACAUGGCAUUGUGUUGUAAUUAAAUGGUUCUUAACAAUAGGAUUAGUCACAUGCAAGGUGUACUUGUACCUAGGCUAACAUUUGACUCCUUAUACCCUGCCAUAUGCCACACAAGGUUUGGCAUGACAUGGAGUGGCAAGGAAUGGAAGCAUAACACAAACAUAUCUGUUUUCUUCUGUUACAUGUAGUUGCUAGUUGACAUAUGUUAAUCACUCAUUGCACCUUUUCUGCAUGUUGCUUAUGUUAUGCUAAUUAAGGCCUGCUUUUUAUGGCUAUUGCAUUGCUGCUUGAAUACUUUUCAUUCGUUUUUUAUAUUUUUUAUAUUGUUUGCCUGCCAUGUGCUAUGCUAUGUAGCCCCUGCUAGCCUAGCCUGCUCUAGCUUUGGCCUUCUGUGCCACGUGCUAUUGCAACCCCUUUUCCAUUCGAUUUGUUGUAUUGCUGCUAUAUUUAUGUACAAGCUUUAUUAAUUUACGUUGCAAUUGUACAUUGUCAUUGCCAUUUGAAAUUCAUACAAAUUAAGUCUGAGUUAUGCACAUUAUUACCUGUUCUUAUUUGUACCUUUGUCUCCUUUGUAGAUAAACUAUGCAUACAUACAUACAUGCAUGCAUAUAUACACACCUUUUGUGUGUGUGUGUGUGUAUAUAUAUAUAUAUAGUAUGUAUGUGAACACCCCUUCAAAUUAGUGGAUUCAGCUAUUUCAAUCACACCUGUUGCUGACAGGUGUAUAAAAUUGAGCACACAGCCAUGCAAUCUCCAUAGACAAACAUUGACAGGUGGCCUUAAUGAAGAGCUCAGUGACUUUCCAACAUGGCACAGUCAUAGGAUGCCACCUUUCCGACAAGUCAGUCAAAUUUCUGCCCUGCUAGGGCUACCCCGGUCAAUUGUAAGUGCUGUUAUUGUGAAGUGGAAACGUCUAGGAGCAACAACGGCUCCGCAGCGAUGUGGUUAGGCCACACAAGCUGACAGAAUGGGAGUGCUGAAGAGCGUAGCACGUAAACAUUAUCUUUCCUCUGCAACACUCAAUACGGCACACAAGCCUAAGGUCACCAAGUGUCGGCUGGAGUCAUGUAAAGCUCGCCACCAUUGGACUCUGCAGCAGUGGAAAUGCGUUCUCUGGAGUGAUGAAUCAUUCUUCACCAUCUGGCAGUCUGAUGUAUGAACCUGUGUCUGGAGGAUGCCAGAAGAAGCCUGAAUGCAUAGUGCUAACUAAAGUUUGGUGGAGAAGGAAUAAUUGUCUUGGGAUGUUCUUCAUGGUUCGGACUAUGCCCCUUAGUUCCAGUGAAGAGAAAUCUAAACGUUACAGCAUACAAUGACAUUCUAGACGAUUCUGUGCUUCUAACUUUGUGGCAACAGUUUAGGGAAGGCCCUUUCCUCUUUAAACAUGACAAUGCGCCCGUGCACAAAGCGAGGUCCUUACAGAAAUGGUUUGUCAAGAUCGGUGUGGAAGAACUUUACUGGCCCGCGUAGAGCCCUGACCUCAACCCCAUCGAACACCUUUGGGAUGAAUUGGAACUCCGACUGAGCCAGGCCUAAUCGCCCAACAUCAGUGCCAACAUCACUAAUGCUCUUGUGGCUGAAUGGAAGCAAUUCCCCACCGCAAUGUUCUAACAUCUAGUGGAAAGCCUUCCCAGAUGAUUGGAGGCGGUUAUAGCAAAUGUGGGACCAACUCCAUAUUAAUGCCCAUGAUUUUGGAAUGAGAUGUUUGACACGCAGGUGUCCACAUACUUUUGGUCAUGUAGUGUACCAAUAAUUGUUGAGACUGGCAACAACUGUUCACCUAACUCAACCAUGUGCUGUAAUUCAACUAAUCUGAACCUGUUCCAUGCCAUGUACCAGCUUCAUCUGAAUACACAUAUACUUUAUCUCUGCCUCUGUCUGCUCCUUCACCACAGCCCCACAGUAGUUGACCAUUAUCCAUUCACCAGUCCUACAUCUCUAUUCUUUACAGAGAUAUUGAAUGUUUUAUCCUGAAGCGCCUCAUCCUUAAGUGCCUGUCUAAACGCGAAUACGCCUCCCUUUCUAUACGAUUUUGGAAUAUAACUUUUUGUUUUUUCAAUAGAUUUGAUCCCCUUUUCUCCCCAAUUUUCGUGGUAUCCAAUCGCUAGUAAUUACUAUCUUGUCUCAUCGCUACAACUCCCGUACGGGCUCAGGAGAGACAAAGGUCGAAAGCCAUGCGUCCUCCGAAGCACAACCCAACCAAGCCGCACUGCUUCUUUAACACAGCGCGCCUCCAACCCGGAAGCCAGCCGCACCAAUGUGUCGGAGGAAACACCGUGCACCUGGCCCCCUUGGUUAGCGCGCACUGCGCCCAGCCCGCCACAGGAGUCGCUGGAGCGCGACGAGACAAGGAAAUCCCUACCGGCCAAACCCUCCCUAACCCGGACGACGCUAUCCCAAUUGUGCGUCGCCCCACGGACCUCCCGGUCGCGGCCGGCUGCGACAGAGCCUGGGCGCGAACCCAGAGACUCUGGUGGCGCAGUUAGCACUGCGAUGCAGUGCCCUAGACCACUGCGCCACCCGGGAGGCCCAUAACUUUAAUUUAAGCGAGAUAGAAUCUUUCAAAUACAAAAGAUAUUAGUGUGAGUAGUUUGGCAAAGUUGCACCCGGCUGUUUUCACAUGCCGCCUUGGGUACGACACAUCCUCUCUCCUUUUGCUUUCAUUUCCACUCAACCAUUCCAUUCCACAUUUCCUGUUUCUCAAAAUAUACCCGGGUGCCGCUUUCCUAAACUGCAUACAGUACGUGUUGUUUUUUUGUUUUUGAAAAAUAAUUUCUCGCUUAUAUGAACGUUAACUUACAAAUGUUUUCAAAAUGGUAUCGUGUGCGAGGUGUAUUUGCGUUUAGACGGAGCAUUUGGGCAAAAAUCCCCUCAAGUGGCAGACAGCUUUGUGAAAGACAGUAUAAUGUUUAACAUUCACUAUUUAUUUGAAUGGGCUAGCUCGGUCCUUGAGUUUGAGUGUUUGCAUUCUCCAUCCCUCUGCUGUUUACCAAAUCAGUGGCGGCUGGCCACUUUGUUUGAACUGCAGAUUGCUCCUUUUAAGCUCAAACAACAUUUGAUCAGGUCACGUUUAAACACGUUUAAUCAUUUCAACCCAUGACUGUUACUUUUUUACAUUAUAGAAACACUAAAAAGGAAAUAUUGAAUCUGAUCCACAGUUCUCUACUCAGGUAGUCUAUAUAUUAUGUUGAAAGUUAUUUAUAGAACAGUGUAGUCUAUAAGUAAAAUGUGGACUCACUCAGCUGUAGCUGUUCUGUCAAUAGCCUGUGGCAAUACUAAAUUUAUCAGGAAGGUUAGCUUGUUUCAGUUAGUCAACAGCUUACACAAGCUAAAACAAUUGUUGCCAAGUUGUAAGUAACGUAUCUUUAUUACAAUCCACAAAACACUUUGCACAUGCCUUAUAGACAGAUUUAUACUUUUUGGUCCUCAGAGAGGUAAAAAAAAGUCCACGCCUUACACUGCAAUGUCUAUCAGAGCUGUAGAUCACUGCAAAGGUGCCAUGGUCAGCUGCUAUCUUAAUGUAUUAAAACAGUACCGUAUCUACAUUUAUGUAGGGCUUUAUAGUCUAAUGCGAAAUAGUACCCCCCCCCCCCCCCCCCAAUGAAUACAUCUGGUGAUGAAAGAUGAUGAAAAGGUAUAUAUUUUGUACAUUCUUUUUUAACGGAUCGUAUUUGCUGUGUUUGGUUCUUGAUGAAUAAAAUAACCAGCUGCUUUAAAUGAGA